GGGAUCAUCGCUAGCUAAGAUCCAUCUCAUGGUGUUGGCCUUGUGAUUUUUCCAAAGUGUUCCUAUAGUCGUCUCUUUCUGCCUUUAACUCUCUAUGGUGGGCGAUGAAUACAACAUCCCCAACACCAUUUCUUCAUCAACCAUGAUCAAAAACAUUCCAUAAAACUUAUAAUAGCAUGGUCCCUUCCACCUCGUUACAUGGAUAACCACUACAAACCUCGAAUCAAAACCAGAAAAAUCCCCCAUUGGUUUUCUCGAAAACACAACUACUCCAAACCUCCUUCUUCUUAUUCCAAACAUAUUUCAGAUGAGUCUGGAGAUGAAUAUGAUGAGGAUGCUUCGUUUAUGUCAUCGGAGAUUGAUCCGUGCAUUUUAACCGAUGAAUUGCGGAUAUUUGUGGCUACUUGGAAUGUUGCAGGAAGAUCUCCAGUUGGGAGUUUGGCUGUGGAUUUAGAUGAAUGGCUGAAUGUUAAAGAAUCCGCCGACAUCUAUGUUCUCGGAUUUCAAGAAAUUGUACCGUUGAAAGCGAAGACUGUGAUCGGAGGAGAAGAUAUGACUGAAGCAACAAACUGGAACUUGUUGAUUGGACAAAUACUUAACAACAAAUGUGCAUGCCGAUGGACGACACCUACGCUAGAAGAUCCAGUGAAUUGUGAGAACUAUAACUAUUUCAACAAUGCUUUAGGUGAAACAUCAAUGACAAGUGUAGAAGAUGAAGAGGUUGUUAACCGUUGUGGUAGGUACACAUUAAUGGCAAGCAAGAAGAUGGUAGGAGUGUUCAUAAGUGUGUGGAUAAAUACAUCAUUGUUCGAGAAGUAUAAUAUAUCAAGAGUGAAAGUGAGUGCUGUGGCAUGUGGGAUUAUGGGUUAUUUGGGAAACAAAGGGUCGGUGGCGGUUAGCAUGUCCAUUGAAGGAACAAGCUUCUGCUUUGUUGUUGCUCACUUGGCUUCUGGUGAGAAGAAAGGGGAUGAGGGGAGAAGGAAUUACCAAGUUUCUGAGAUCUUUAAACGAACGACUUUCACUCGACAGUUUCUAGAUGAAUGCACGCCUCAACCUCUCACAAUCCUAGGACACGACCAAAUAUUCUGGUUUGGGGAUCUCAACUACAGGUUAUACUUGGAAAAUGAUUUAGCUAGGGAGCUAAUAAAAAAGCAAGACUGGAGUGCCCUUCAAGAGUUUGAUCAGCUAAGGCAAGAACUCGGAGAUGGUGGAGUGUUUCAAGGGUGGAGAGAAGGGAACAUAAAAUUUGCACCUACAUAUAAGUAUUCCACAUUCAACAGCAAUAGGUACUCCGGUACACUUCCUAGUCGAGCAGGAGAAAAACAAAGGACACCGGCAUGGUGUGACAGGAUCUUAUGGUAUGGAAAAGGAGUAAAACAACAUUCUUAUUUCCGUAGCGAGAGCAAGUUCUCCGACCAUAGGCCCGUAUCGGCUCUUUUUUCUACACAGAUUGAACUUAUCAAGUCUGAUGUACCAAAUACAGUUUCCUCUAAACAAAUAGAACAAGAAAGAGGUAAGGGGGAGGCUUCAUCUACAUUGCGUUCACUAAUGUCCAAAGAGUCAGAAGCACUACCAUCAAACAAAAAAUGUCCUAGAACAAACAAAAGGCUAUGAUGCUGAGUUCAUUGGAUAAGAUAAACAUUAUUAGGUUUUAGUUUCCAUGAUUCUUUUAUUGAUUAGCUUUGUUUUGGUUCCAACAAUGAAACUGAAAACUAUGCUAAAAUGUUAAAUUAUACUAUUUUUGUCAAA